AUGCAGAGCGGCUCAGGUGCUCAUGUGAAGCCGAAGUUCAACGGGAAGCCUGGCAUCAGCCUGAAAACCCCACUCAGCAGUCAUUAUUAUGACCUCCGCCAAUUUCAACCUGAAGAAGACUUGAUUGAACUCAACGAGGAGCCGCCGACCCCUCAAAUACAGACUGAACACUCCAACCUACCUCUCCACCGGUCAUGCGGGAGCCCGUCCGAAUCCAAUCAUGGGCUUAAAAGAUACCAAGCCAAAUCAAGCACCCGUGUUCAAGAACAGAUGACUCUUCUCGAUCUUGAAGAUCCCCUCAUACAAGGAGAUUCGGCUUCGCGAGAUGGUCGCAUAGCUGGCGGUGAGCGAAGCAGGAUUGGCCGGCAAUCAUAUAAUCUCAUCUGUUGGGAAAAGCAGGCAUCUCAUAAGAUGCAGCGGAAAGCUCCAGGAUCCAUUCCGCACGAAAGAACCGAUUGUCGUACCGCUGAGAAAAUCAAGGCUAUCUUGGAGGUCAGGGCAACUUCCGCUGAACAAGACAUUCUGCACAAAAACGACGAAGACACAACAUGGUUCAGCGUCGUCCGAGAAGAUGAUGAGCUACCUACAUUCAGAGACUCUGGCGACGUCCAUCUCUACUCAGACCCCCAGACUUGCAUGUCAGAUAACCUUAUUAUGUAUGCAGAUUGCGAGGGGCUGGAAAGCGGUGAACGAGGACCACUGGGAGCAAGACUAAAAAGGAAGAACCAGUCCUCAAAAGCUGGCCGGGUUGACUCGUUUGAAAGAAAAUUGCAAAAGAUACAUCACACAUCAGAGCGUGCAAUCACCUGGGCCGAUACAAACGCUAAAAGGAGCAGGGAUUUCACGGUCACCCAUCUGUAUCCACGUCUUCUACACACCUUUUCUGAUGUGGUAGUCUUUGUGCUCAAAAAUCCCAGGUAUAUACGAAUUAACCCACAAUUGAAGGAGAAUCCACCUGGCUUGGAUGACGUGGAGAGCCUACCUUACAUCCAAGGAGUAGUCCGUGAGAUGUCAAGCACGGAUGACAGCAAGGAGAUCUCCGAGCUUGGAAAGUUUAUGCGGAAUAAGCUGCAGUGUGGCUAUGAAUUGUACUUCGUCAUACAAGAAGAGCACCGGGGCCAGCAUGCCAAGAAGGUUUCGGUCUCAACGGACGUCAUCGAACGAAUGAUUAGAAAACGUCUGUUCAAGAUGGACAACGAGAUGUAUCCAAUCAGCAGGUUUCCAAGGUCUCUUUUGCAAGACGAAGAUUCGAAGCCAAGAACACGGCAAAACGUUACCCUAAAUUCCAAUCGAUGGGCUGGCCGGACUCCAAUUCAGCGAAUACAUCACAAGAGUUGGAUCCCACCUGAUCUAGCCGAACAGCGCUCAGAUUCUGAUAAAAUAUCGCAUUACUCGAAGCAGGAUUAUGUUAUCGGAGAGUCAUCCCAGGGCUUGCUGCAAAGGAUUGCCCAUCGACUCAACAAUGGCCCCAGCCCAGCGCAAAUGAUGCCAGAGCCAGAUACUUCGGACUUAGAAUCAGAGAUGGCGGAACUGUCGAGGCAAAGAUCUGCAGCAAUAGGGCUCGACGCCAAUUCCUUCGCAGUCGAACUUGACGCUGGCCCUGCCGUCUAUCUCACUCAGCAAGCGAACCGUCCGCAAGGCGAGACUGACAGUAGCAGACUCUUGGAAGGAAACCCCAUGGGCCACCCGUCUGGUCCAUCCAAUGAACCGCAAGAUCUGCAAGCGGACACUGAGCACGCUUCGCCGAGGGCCGCUCCUCAGGUGGGGAAAGCAGAUAGGAAGUGGGAGGGAGGUUUCUUUCGGUUUUGA